AUGGCAAUGAGAGCGCUUGUACUCCUGGCCAUUCUCGGCCUGGUCGCCGGUGAAGGUCUCCGGCUGCCCGACCAGCAGUCCUCCAGUCACGUUCAGCAGGUGUAUGCGCCGCAGCCGCAACAGAUCCAGCAGAUACCACAGCAGCCCCAGCAGAUUCUACAGCAACAGCCCGGAGUUGGAGAGGAGCGUGGCCGGUCCUCCCUUCUGAGCAUCUUUGGUUUGGGCAACGAUAAUGAUCCCUACUUGUCAAAAACCAAUGGCAAUUGUCUGGGAGGCGACCUCUCCGAGUGCUUCAAGACCCAGGCACUGAACACCUUCGACGAGAUCUUCUACAAGGAGCAGUACAGGCUCUCCGACUUUGCACGCGUGGUGCGGUUGCCGGAAACCCAGCAGCGUUCCCUGCUCCAGGAACCCUUCGAGUACUCGGAGGAGCCGCGUGGCGACGACGAUGACUGGAAUCAGCUGGUGAAAUAUGCCCUGCGCAGGGCCGAACGCUUCAUCAAGUCCACGGCUCUGGAGUUGGAGUGGCCCGAGGAGUUGACUGAGGCCGGGCGUUAUGAGGCCCGUUUCAUUGGAAAUGACAUUGAUGGUGAACUGGACCUCAUUGAUGACGGUCAGCGUGCUGGACAUUUCUCCCGCAAGAAGCUUAAGAAGAUGAUCAUUCCCCUUCUGUUGGUGUUGAAGAUCUUCAAGCUGAAGCUUCUGCUCUUCCUGCCCUUCAUCCUGGGCAUUGCUGGUCUGAAGAAGAUCCUGGGUCUGGCUGCCAUUAUCCUGCCCGGUCUGUUUGCCUACUUCAAGCUCUGCCGUCCACCAGGUGGUGUCGGAGGAGCCUUCGGUGGCGGUCUCUCCGGUCUCUUUGGCAGCAAAAACACCUUCCCCGAGUACAAUCCCCAGGGAGUGGGUGCCGCGACCUACUAUCACCAUCAUGAGCACUUUGAGGGUGGCCAUGGAGGUGCCCCGGGACCCUACUACCGCCAGGAGCCAAGCUUUGCCAAGCCCUACACCGAUUAUUACAGCAAGAGCUACCAGGGACAGCAGGUUCAGCAGCAGCAGGUGGCCGGAAAUUCCGUGAGCUUUGGGGAUCCCCAGGAGGCAGCCUACAAUGGCUACUACGGACGCAACUCCGGCAAGGACAUCGCCGCCGAGCCCCAGCAGCAGACGCCUCAGAAGAGCUAA